AUGAAGAUCUCUGUGAGUUUUAUGCUGUUGCUGCUGCUCGGCGCCAUCUCCCCAAGUGAAAGUGUUGAAAGCAAGCAGGAUACACUGAGAAAUAUGAAUGCUUUGUUGGUUCAACUGAAGGCUGAUAUGACGCUGUUGCAAAGAGAGACUCAAGCACAGCAGAAGACUGAAGUGGACAAGCUGAAUAAACAACAGAUAGAACAAGCAGCACAGCAGAAGACUGAAGUGGACAAGCUGAAGACUGAAGUGGACAAGCUGAAUAAACAACAGAUAGUCCAACAGGUUGCGUUCUCAGCCUCUCUGGGGGGAACCGGAAGAGCAACUAUUGGACCCUUUCCCUCGGCCACUACCCUGAUCUACAAAUACGUGCCCACCAACAUCGGAAAUGCCUACAACCCAAACACAGGUGUGUUCACUGCCCCGGUGAGAGGAGCGUACAACUUUGAGUGGUGGGUUGGUGCAUUUGGAGACAAUGGCUGGGGUUCAGGCGCUUGGUUGGUCAAGAACUCAAACCAACUUUUCAUGGCAUACGAGCAACAGAAGGACGGUUUUAUGAGUUCCUCUAAAGGCAUGACGCUGCUGCUGGAGGUGGGAGACAUCGUCUUUAUUCGUCUGCAGGUUCAAACUUCUGUGUUUGAUGACCCAGGGCACCACAACACCUUCAGUGGGCAUCUGCUGUUCCCCAUGUGA